AUUUACAUUGUAUGGCCAAAUAUACUACACAUUGUGUAAUGAAGUUGUGUAAAUCAGUAACAGGUGACGUGCUGUAAUGAUAUCGUUCGAUAUUUAUCCUUAUUCCAGGAAGGUAUUUAAUAAUCAUAUAAUCUGUAUCAUAACUUCCCUCUCUUUCGCUACGAAGUCAAAAUGGCGAAACGCCAUUUAAAUAAAAUGUUCGCUACUACUGAGCCGAGCUUGCCUCUUUUCCCGCUAAGCAUUAAGGGGGUUGUAGUCCAUUAUUCGGAGGCUAUGGCACAAAGAUGCUUUCGCUAUCUUGCUCGUUGAACUACAAGUCCCAGAAGGCAGUGCAUGGCGCGCUUGUUCGAUGUAAUCUGCCGGUUCAAAAAAAAAAAAAAAAAGAUCGGUUCGCCAUCAGCAGCGUGUUCGGUGACAGGCCUGGGGAUUACCGAAGGUGUAUCAUAAUUAAUACAGCCUCCAUAAUCACAGAGUAACCAGCAGCGAUGGCAUCUGAAGACAUCUCUCAGCUUGCCGAUUCCCUGGCAAAGACACAGGUGGGAGGAGGAGAGCUGAGCUUUAAAGGAAAGACUCUGAAACUAAACACAGCUGAAGAUGCAGAGGAGGUGAUCAGAGAGAUCGAUGCGUUCGAAGGGCUGGAGGCUUUGCGACUGGAAGGAAACACUUUUGGUGUGGAGGCGGCAAAAGCGAUAGCCAAGGCUCUUGAAAAGAAACCAGAUCUAAAGCGUUGUCAUUGGAGCGACAUGUUUACAGGGAGGCUGAGAUCUGAAAUCCCACCAGCUCUGAUUUCUUUGGGUGACGCGUUGAUAACUGCUGGAGCGCAGCUAACAGAGCUGGACCUUAGUGAUAAUGCAUUUGGACCGGAUGGAGUACGGGGCUUUGAAGCACUUCUCAAGAGUCCUGCCUGCUUUACUUUGCAGCAUCUUAAACUGAAUAACUGUGGCAUGGGCAUUGGUGGAGGAAAGAUCCUUGCUGCUGCUUUAACAGAGUGCCAUAAAAAGUCAAGUGUUACUGGAAAGCCUUUGAGUCUGAAAGUGUUUGUGGCAGGUAGAAACCGCUUGGAGAAUGAUGGGGCCACUGCAUUAGCAGACGCUUUUCGGUUGAUUGGUACCUUGGAGGAAGUACACAUGCCCCAGAAUGGCAUUAACCACCCUGGAAUCACAGCAUUGGCAGAAUCCUUUAAGGCCAACCCUCUACUGAAGGUCAUCAACCUUAAUGACAACACAUUCACAGACAAAGGAGGAAUUGCAAUGGCAGAGGCUCUGAAGACGCUUCGCCAGGUGGAACAAAUUAAUUUUGGGGAUUGUUUGGUGCGUUCCAAAGGAGCAUAUGCUAUUGCUGGUGCUUUGAAAGAAGGAUUACACAAAUUGAAGGAACUUAAUCUCUCCUUCUGUGAGAUUAAAAGAGAUGCGGCUUUGACAUUGGCAGAGUCUGUGGAACAUAAAUCUGAACUGGAGAAACUGGACUUGAAUGGAAAUUGCCUUGGUGAAGAGGGUUGUGAGCACAUGCAAGAAAUUUUGGAUAGUUUUAAUAUGGGCACAGUCCUGGGAUCGUUAAGUGAUGAUGAAGGUGAUGAUGAUGAAGAGGAGGAGGAUGAAGAAGAUGAUGACGAUGAUGAGGAGGAGGAAGAAGAAGAUGAUGAUGAUGAUGAGGAGGAGGAGGAAGGCAGAGAUGAAGAUGACCAAAAAGAAGAGUUGUCCAAGAAAAUUACAACAAAUGAGUCGGCACCUGUUUCACCUCCCCGCGCUCCGGUUGAUGCGUCCGCUUUCCUUGGCUUCCCGUCUCCAGAAAAACUUUUGCAGAUGGGUCCUAAACGUUCCCUCAUAGCACAGCAAACUGAUGUUGCCAAUGUGGAAAAGGUAGUACAGACGUUCAUCCAAGUUUCUUCAGUGUACAGGGAUGAUGGUGCUGUGAAGGCAGCUGUGGAGGAAACUGUAGAUACCUUGAUGAGGAAGGCUUUUGAUAGUUCUUCAUUCCAGCAAGACGCAUUUAUCACCAGUUUGCUUGUGCAUAUGGGACUUCUUAAGAGCGAAGACAAAAUUAAAACCAUCCCACACUUGAACGGUCCUUUACUGACAUUAAAUCAUGUGGUGCAACAGAAUUAUUUCCCCAAGUCUCUGGUGCCUGUUCUUCUGGCUUUCAUCUCAAAGCCUAACCGUGCUCUGGAAUCAAAUCCCCAGGCCCGACACACUCUCCUGCAAACACUUCACAAACUGUAACCAUCUCCAGUUGCUCUGGAUCACCCGACACAAGCUCUGGUUUGCAAGAUGUGGAUGUGAUGUGAGAACUUAUCUUGGAGACUCCAGAACACACGUCUGGAGAACAAGCUCCUUCUGCUCUUAUCCCCAAGCCCCUUUUCCAGUAUUUUUGUUUACAUUUGUUGAACAUCCUUUUUCCUCUACAUGCUGACCUAGGUAUUUUGGUUUGAAUCUCGGGAAAAGCCCAAAAAAUAAUAA